UCUUCCAGAAUCUAGUGGCGCGGUCUGUGACGGAAGACGACGUUUUCAGGAGAGCCAAAACAAGAAGAUAGUACACGUUUUUGAGGUUUAAAUUCUGAAGACAGCCCUUAUAAUUUUUGGACCGUGUGGAACUGGUGAGAUCUGAACGUGCAAACAACUGACUGAAGUAGUGAAUAAAGUGAAGGACUUGUCAACUCGACCACCCCAGCAGCAUCACAGUUUGUUAGUUCCUGAAGAUGGACGGGAGUGUGACCGUCCUCUCCAGCCCCACGGUGUCCGUGCGGUUGACCAGCACCGCCAGCUCCUUCGAGACGAACCGGAGAUUCAACCGAGGCAUAACGAUCGCAGAGUUUAAGUGUAAAUUGGAGAUGAUUGUGGGCACCACAGCUGCCUAUAUUGACCUUGAGCUAUUCAGCACUUCUGACAAGUUCUUGCAGAAGCUAGACAACAAUGAAGCUCUGCUCGGCUCCUAUCCUGUGGAUGAUGAGUGCAGAAUACAUGUGACAGACCGCAGUGGUACGCAGAGUUCGGAGUUCACUGAUUUGUCAAAGGUGGAUAAAUUCGAGAUCUCUGAUGAAGCCUAUGAAAAAAGAGGAGAUUCAAUACGGACCUUUAAGAAGAAUUUAAAGUUAGGUCGAUUUAAUGAGGAAAACAGGGCCAAGCAAGAAGAGGCUCUUGCUAAAAAAGAAGAGGAGGAGAAGAUGGCUGCUGGAUCCAUUGCUGUUGGGAACCGCUGCAAAGUUGAAGUUGUUGGGCAACCUAGCAAGAUUGGCACUGUUAUGUUUGUGGGUACAGUAGAUUUCAAACCAGGCUACAGGGUUGGUGUGAAAUAUGAUGAGCCGCUUGGGAAGAAUGAUGGCAGUGUGAAUGGGAAACGUUACUUUGAAUGUGAGCCAAAAUAUGGCGCCUUCAUGAAGCCCCUCUCAGUGAUUGUGGGAGACUUCCCUGAAGAGGACUAUGGUUUGGAUGAGAUGUAAGACUCCGUAGAUGAGCAGUCAGAAGCAUCAGAAGGAAGAUCCUUUCUUCCAGAAGUUUGGCUCCAUGACAUCGCUGCGGUAGAAGGUUUUUUGCUGCCGGUGCAGAUCAUUUUGUUUUAUACUGGUGUGGAAGAGAUCAGCAAAAAUGUUACCUUCAUUUCCUGCAGUCAAACUCGAGGAAUGAUCUUAAACAACAUCUGUGCCCUGGCGACUAGAAGUAACUAGUGAGGUAAAUGUGAGAACCCCAGCCGAGGUCAGAGUAAAGAAAAGCAUUCACUAGCAUGUUGUUUGUUCAUUAAUGAAUUCCAAAGUUCUGCAGCUAAUUUGAGCUCAAACCAAAUCCUUUCAAAAUUCAAACACAACCAACUACAACAGAAAAUGUAUUUCACAUUUUUGCAAUACUGUACACACUGUAUUGUAUAAAUGUAUUUUGUACUCCUUUUCUGCAGCCUGUUAUAUUCUUCUGCAUCAGUAUGACUGUGUUUAGAGUUUCAGUCCCUCAUUGACUUUAGCGAUUAGCUCACUAAUGAGAUGUGUAAAGUAGAAUCCCGUGGCUUCAGUUUUUCCAUUCUUCUGUAUUUUCAGUGUAAAUUACAAAAAUGUGAUUUAAGUCUUGCUUUUCUUGUUAAAAUUGGCUGUAAGCUUUGUCAUGCAUGUCAAAUUUACGUUUAACAGAAAGGCCUAAUGUUUUUAAUGGAAUUCUGUUAUGUAAAAUCUCUUUCAAAUAAAUCCAUGUGUCGAUUUUGGACGUCCUGCAGA